AAUUACAAAAUCCAAAUCCUAGGAAGAGUUUGUGCAAUUAAAUUCGGCUGUCAUGAAAUAUACUAAAUUUUAUUAAUAGAUUUAGAUUGAAUUUAUUAAUUAAUUAUAAAAAGAAAUAUGAGUUUAUUUAAACAAGUAUAUACACUUUAUUAGUUUAUAUAAGCAAUGGAGUUUUACUAGACUUAAAGUAAAAACAAAAAAACUAAAAUGCUUUCCCGAAAAAGCAAAGAUAAAUCUCUCAAAGAGGGUGUUGUUGGUAAAUAUGUAAAAAAGGACAAACCGCCGGAAAUUCCAGUGAUAAACGUUUGGUCUUUCGAUGACAACAAGAACAAAGGAAAAAGUCGACGCAAUAGUCAAACCCUCUCGCACAGGACGGAUAAAGAUAAAUUCGGAAGUACCAAGAAUAUUGUAAAGACGUCUGGGCUCGGGUACUUUGGAAAGUUCACUCCUAGUCUUUCUUCGCACAAUCUAAGCCGGCGCUGCGCUAGUUCCUCCCCCAAUUGUGAAUCGAGCUCCUACACUGAGUACUCCAUUCACGAUUCGCACCCGCACGAUGUGUACCAUGCCCGCCGAGCCCACUCCCAACUGCCUUCAAGACAACAACAGCAAUACUUGCCCGCAACGUUAUCCUUCUCCAGCAACAACUUGAGCAACAGUAACAGCAACUAUGUCAACAUUGAUCAGAUUGACAGAAUGCGCCAACAAUCCGAACUCCCCUACAGCAGUUCCUCAUCGUCGUACAAUGCUGGUGGAUUUGGCAGUGGGCGCGGUGGACGGAUAGAUAACUUUCAUCGAAACUACUCAGUUAACCAAAACCAUGCCCACACCUACGAUGCGCGCUACAAAGGCGACAGGGAGGAUUUAAUAGCUAUACAAAAGUACGCAAAUGCAAUUCGAAACCGUCAUAACAUGUCUCCAAGGCCGCAGUCCCCGCCUAUGACGCAGCAGCGCCAGCAACAUUCCCAGAUGAGCCUUACUGUAACAUCUGGUAACAACUACAGCUCUGAAAACUUUCCUAUUUACGAGAAUCACUAUCAAACAUCGAACAAUGCUGCUGUUGGAAAUAGUGUUAUCUCUAAAGGUGCUGCUGGGGGCCCAUCUACAUCAAACUCGGCAGGUAUUGGAGGCAUGAUUCAGCGCUCGGAGUCGCCAAUCUAUAGUAACACUAACUCAAAUCUUCUAUCAGCCUACGAUGUCCCGAGCAAUUCAAGGUAUGGCGCAAACAGUUCAAUGCAAUCGUUGUAUUCAAAUAUGCAAAACGAAAAUGCCGCCGCGGUAGCAGCAAUAGGCUAUCAACAUUUGGGUCAAAAUAUGGCCUUGGUACAAGCUAAGAUCCCUGUAUACCCAUCACUUAACAACUACGAAACGGCCCACAUUGUACACAAUCCAUCGGCCCAUCAGAUUGUUCAGCGUGUUCCAUCACAGCAGUCAGUUGAGGAGGAGCUCCCACUGCCACCCGGUUGGGCUACACAGUACACUCUGCAUGGCAGGAAAUACUACAUCGAUCACAAUGCACACACCACCCAUUGGUCGCAUCCACUGGAGAGAGAAGGUUUGCCUGUCGGCUGGCGGAGAGUUGUGUCCAAAGUUCAUGGUGUUUACUACGAGAACCAACUCACUGGACAAACGCAGCUAAAUCACCCGUGUCUUACAUCAUAUUAUGUAUACACUACAUCUGCAGAACCCCCAAAAGCGAUACAUCCUGAGCCGCAACCCACCCAAUACAAUCCACAUAAUGCUCUGGUACCUGCCAAUCCGUAUCUCCUGGAAGAGAUACCCAAAUGGCUGAUUGUAUACUCGGAAGCCGAUUCUUCAAAGGACCACAUGCUUCAGUUCAAUAUGUUCAGUCUACAAGAGCUUGAAUGUUUUGACGGGAUGCUGGUUCGCCUUUUUAAACAAGAACUGGGUACUAUUGUGGGUUUCUAUGAGAGAUAUCGACGUGCUUUGAUUUUACAAAAGAAUCGAAGAGCCGAAGAGGAUCGAAUCCUCAGUGAGUUUCAUGAAUCUAACGAAAACAAGCAACAACAGCAACAGCGUUUGGACUAUCACUAAAGGCUUAUUCUCGUUUCAAUCUUAAGAUCCUCGCACGUACUACCUACCUACCGCAUACUGUGAAUAUUCUUCUAAUAGACUGUCACUAUAUUUUUUAUGUUGUUUACCAAACUAAUAAUAUUGUAUUGAAUUCAUCAUCACUCGAGAUAUUCAUAUAUUUACUUUUAACGUGUUAUAUCUUUAGGAAUUAAUAAAAAAAGUGUGAUAGAUAAUGUCCUUGAAACUAUUGCAUCGGCGGAGUGUCUAAUCGCUGAGUUAAACGAAGUAAAGUGCCUCACAUUUUAUACUUGGCAUUUAAGCUUGAGUUUUUGUGUAUUUUUGUAUCGUAUCUACAAUAAAAACUUAACAUAUACUAUACAUUAUUUUGAAA